AUGGAGACGGUGAUGAUAGAGGCGGCGGGGAUGGGGAUGAGCGGGGAGUGCGUGCCGCCAUUAUUUUACGCUGAUGACCAGGCCUUGCUGGCCACCACGCCGGCAGGCCUGCGUUUCCAGCUUGGUUACCUUGAGAGCUACUGUGCCGCCUGGGGCCUGACGGUUAACACCAAAAAGACCCAGGUGGUAGUGUACACCACUGGCAGGGCUGCUGCCACGGAGGAGCGGUUCCGCUACGGCGGCAAUGAGGUGGAAACCGUCCCCACCUUCAGAUACCUCGGCGUGCACCUGCACUGCCGGCAGGCCUUUGCCUCGGCGGCAUCGUAUCGGGCGGAGGCUGGGCGGCGCGCGAUGCACCUGCUGCGUCGCCGCCUGGCCGAGAAUGGGUUGCAGGACCCCCUGCUCAGCAUGCGUGCGUUCAAGUCUUGGCUUGGCAAGCAGUGGCGCACGGGGUCGCACUGGAUGGCUGAGGAGACAGGCCGGUGGCAGCGGCUGGACCGCACCCAGCGCCCAUGCCCCCACUGCCAGGCCCCUCUAGAGGACGUACGCCACGCAGUGUAUGACUGCAGUUAG